AUGGGUUAUACGCGGCGACGUUUCGGUUUCAACGUAUCUACAUUGGAUGGGCUUGACGAGUUGAUAUCUCGCUUUUGGUCUUGUGUGAAGGUGAAGUUUGGCAAAACUCACUCACUGGAUAAAAAACGCUGCGAGAAUCUGUUUCUAAGUACGGUUCAAAGGAAUUCAGAUGGUCGGUACACCGUUGCUUUACCCAAGAAUGAAGACGUACUUUCACGGUUGGGAGAGUCACGAGGCAUUGCAAUCCGUAGACUUCAUGGAACGACAUGUAAGCUGGCAAGAGAUUCAUCACUACGGGAUAAGUACGCUGCCUUCAUAGAGGAGUAUCUAACGCUGGGACACAUGAGUAAGGUAGCCGAGAUUCCUACGGGAUCAGUCAAACGGUGCCACCUACCGCACCAGUCGAUGGUCAAGGCAUCAAGCGCCACUACCAAGGCUCGCGUGGUCUUUGAUGCUUCUUGUAAGACAUCAUAUCGCUCAACGAUGUAUUGCUGGUUGGGCCAGUGA